AUGCUUUCCGCGUGGCUGCUGCUCACCGUGGCGAGCAUCCAGCUCAUCUCGGUCGUCUCGCCUCAGAAUGGCGCCGCACCCAAGGCCCACUACAUGAAGCCGGACUUCUUCAAAACGUUCAUCCUCGAAUUCCGGGACCCAAUGACCGGCCCGUGCGACGACUUUUUCCGCCAUGUAGACAAGGACAUGGAGAAGCGGUGGCGUCGCCACGAGGACGCGGACCCUUGGAUCGAGUCGCUUGGGUACAGUAUGCAGUAUCUCGACCGGGUCAAGGCGCUGCGCAGGCGGAUCGGCUACCUGGAACAGUUUUUGGGGUAUUUCUGGACCCGAAAGCCGGGAAAGUUCCAGGAGUUGGCGGAGAAGUUGCGCGCCGUCGGCCUCGAGUUGCUUGAGAAAGUGGGCCGCGAGCCCGGCUACGAGGAGCUGCACGCCCGGACGGUGGAGGCGUUCAAACGGUCCAUCGUGUUCUACUCGAUGAUCGACGACUCGAUGGCGCAGCUCGACAAAAUGAAAGAGCUGGCGGACAGCUUGGACAAGCAGCUGAGCGAGCAUUUGGCCGGAGGUCAAUGGCCGGUGGAAUCCAUGUACUUCGUGCAGACGAUCGCCGAGCCGCUCGUGGACAAGCUCGCCUCGGACUCGCGCAUCUUUGCUCUGACCGUCGAUGAGAUGCGCAGUCACUACAUGUACAAGUUCGCGUCGAUCUCGGCUGCCGAGAUUGCGCCCUGGCUCGCCCAGCCGAAUCUCGAUCUGGCGAUUGCGUACGCCACAAUGGGCUUCGCUGUGGCGCACGAGUUGGUCCACGCCGUACCCUUCGCCGAAGACUACGAUAGAAGGCCCUACCUGAACAGGCCCACCGAGGAGUGCACCGCCGAACGGACGUCGCGCGCGUGUAUGCUGUGGAAGGAGGGGGAGUGCCAUUCGGGCGCGGCAACGAUGGCCGAGGACCGCUCCGACUUCAUCGGGAUGCAUAUCGCAUGGAAGGCGUUCAGGAAGGAGCUGCUCCGUACAGGCCAGGGUGGCGAGGCGUCGCUGUUGAGCGUGGUCUUCGACGACGUGAGGCGCGAGCAGCUGUUCUUCUACGCGCAGGCCGUCACGCUGUGCGAGAGCUACGACAAGACACAGCACCAGUGGUUCGAGGAUCGGGGCGAGUGGGACCCGCAUUCGGCCAACCGCAUCCGCAUCAACGCCAUGUUCGCCAACAUGGAGGCGUUCGCGCAAGCCUUCCAAUGCGAGCCGAACGACCGUAUGGUGCAGCGACCGACGUGCCCCAUUUUU